CAGCCCUCUAUGAAGAAAUAUGUUUGUCACAUACAAAAAUAAUCGGUUCAUUCCGAUAGCCAUCACUACUAUCUGCGCUGUAUUGUUCUUCCUACUCAUCAAUCCUUCUUUGGAAACCCCCAAGGCCCAGCUUGCCAAGUUCACAGGGCACAAGUCCAACAACACCGCUCCAUCUCACAGCCCGGAAACCACACAACAAGCAGAGGCACUGCCGGACCGUGGCGGUGCGAUUCGCACUGAGGAUGUGCUCCUCAUCCUCAAGACGGGCAGCACAACCAUGUGGAAGCGCAUGCUCUCCCAUAUUCCCACUUCUCUAGCCAGCGAAAGAAUUGCCCAGAAAAACACAGUCAUCUACUCCGAUUCCUCGGACAUUCUUGGGAGCUUUUCUAUCAUCGAUGUACUCGCCAAUUUGACGGAUGAGGCAAAAUCUGCCCCGGAGUUUGAGACAUAUCGACAGAUACCCAAAUAUCGUGAGAACAACAAGUACUUUGAGGCCGCCGGUGUUGAGGGAGACGAAGAUGGCCCGUCGGGCGGCUGGAUUCUUGACAAAUAUAAGUUUUUGCCCAUCUUCCAGCAUGCAGGUCUCAAUUGGCCGGAUGCAAAGUGGUAUAUUUACAUGGAGGACGACACCUAUCUCUUCCUGCCCAGUGUCUUGAAGCACCUCUCUUCCUUCGACUGGCGUGAGCCUCAUUACCUGGGUAGCUAUGCUGCCAAAUCGGAUGCUGUUUUUGCUCAUGGUGGCGCUGGCUUUGCUCUAUCCCGUGGUGCAUGGGAGAAAUCUUUUGGUCGCAAUCCCAACAUCAUCAACGAAUACCACGACUAUGCAGUAUCGCAUUGCUGUGGAGAUCAAGUUCUUGCUCACGUUUUGAAGCAAUAUGACAUUGAGUUCGGUGAGAAUGGUGGCGACAAGAAGUUUACCUGGGGAUUCAACCCGCUCAAUCACUGGACUUUCCGGUUCGAUACGUCCAACUGGUGUCGGCCCUUGAUGUCAUGGCACAAGGUCCAUAACCGAGAUGUUGCUCAAUUCUACGAAUUUGAGAAGAACUGGGACUCGAAUGAGACUCUUCUCCACAGAGACUUCUUCAAUAGCAUGGUUCUUCCAAGUAUCCAGAAGCCUGUUGAGUGGUGGGACAACACAGCUGCCAAAUAUGAGAUGAACUCGUUCAAGGAGGAUGGGCCAUCUCCUAGUGGUAACUUCGACUUGGACCUCUGGAAGAAGUCCUGGCAGUCCGCCGAAGCGUGCGAGGCCGCUUGCAAAGGCUGGGACGAGUGUAUGCAGUGGACAUUUGUUGAGGACUUGUGCAAACUAGAUGAUGGGCUGGUCAUGGGCCAAGGCUAUGCUCCCGCCAUGUGGCAAAGAAAGACUUCAUUGAAGCACACCAGCGGCUGGGUACCGGAACGGCUAGACCGUUGGGUAUGUUAGAGCGGAAAGUGCAUUAGGACAAUGAAAUGAGCACUUGGGAGUAAUAUUAACUCGAAAGCGCCGGAG